AUGAGGCCUCUCACGAUCUCCUUCAUUUUACUUUUCUCUAUUUUUUUCAAUAGCACAAGAGCAGUUUUAUUGACGGACCCUCAAAAAGUUUCUGGUAAGACAUAUGACUAUGUUAUCGCCGGUGGAGGACUCACAGGUCUCACAACGGCUGCACGCUUAACAUCCGACGCAAGAAUAACUGUCUUGGUUGUUGAGAGUGGCUUCUAUCAGUCCAGUCGAGGCCCAAUUGUGGAAGACCUGAAUUCAUUCGGACAAGCUUUUGGAACCACACUCGACCACGCCUUCCAAACUGUACCCUUAGGUAUCAAUGGCCGUCAAUUAACUAUUCACUCCGGGAAUGGUCUCGGUGGCUCGACACUUAUCAACGGGGCGACCUAUACAAGCCCGUCUAAGGUCCAGAUCGACUCCUGGGAGUCACAUUUAGGUAACAAAGGAUGGAACUUUGAUAACAUUUCUUCCUUUAUCCGGCGAAAUGAAAAGGCCCGCCCCCCUUCACCAGAGCAGAUUAAGGCUGGCCACGAAUACAGACACGAAUGUCACGGAACAGACGGUGACCUGCAUGUUGGUCCGCGCAAAGGCCGAAUUUCUCCGAUGAUCAACAGGCUGAUGGCAGUGGCCAAGAAACGCGGGGCACCUAUACGUCGAGAUCUAUCGUGCGGAAGCCCGAGAGGGGUCUCGAUGUUUCUGAAUACGAAUCAUGCCAACGGGACUCGUUCUGAUACAGCCCGGGAGUAUCUACUCCCGCACAUGACACGGCAAAAUCUGUCGGUGCUUGUGGGGCAGAAAGUUGGUCGAGUGUUGAUGAAUCGAAAAGGCAGAUUACCAUCAGCAAGAGGUGUAGAGCUUGGAACUGAUGGACAAAGGUUCACGGUGUAUGCCAAGCAUGAAGUCAUCUUAGCGGCGGGUGCCCUCAUGAGUCCUCUGAUUCUAGAGUACUCAGGAAUUGGACUCAAAACUGUUCUCGAAGCCGCUGGAGUCCCUCAGAUCGUCGAUCUACCUGUCGGACUCAAUCUUCAAGAUCAAACUACGACCACCAUUGUGGCAAAGACUCAGGAUGAAGGUCAAGGCCAGGCUGCUUACUUUGCGACACUGAAUGAGCUAUUCAGUACGCAAGAAAUUGGAACAGCCUAUGGACUCUUCCAUUCUCAACUGAACCAAUGGGCGGAUGAUGCUAUCGCCGCAGGAGCAUUCUCCGGACACGAUGCCUUGAAAAGUCAACUGGAACUUUAUCGUCAUUGGAUUCUGGAUGAGAAAGUCGCAUAUGCUGAGCUUUUUAUGGAUGUGCGCCCUUCAGCGGUUGAGUUCAGCAUCUGGGUGCUUUUACCCUUCACCCGAGGCAAGAUUCACAUCACUCACAAGGACCCAUUCCUGUGGAAAUAUGCCCUAGACCCACGGUAUCUACAGAAUGAUAUGGACAGGUUGUCCCAAGCAGCUGCAACUCGACUGGCCCGGAAUCUUCUCGAUGAAAUGCAUUUAAUGGGCUUCAACGAAACAUUUCCCGGCUCGGUUGUCCCGGAUAACGCGACCACAGAUGAAUGGAUAUCAUAUGUGGCUCAGAACUUUCAGCCAAAUUUUCAUGCCAUUGGAACAUGCUCAAUGAUGGCAAAAGAUUUAGGAGGCGUUGUGGAUCCCUCUGGCAAAGUUUUUGGAGUCCGAGGUCUUCGAGUGGUUGAUGCGUCGAUUAUUCCAACUCAGGUUUCUGCACAUACUUCGGCGUUACUCUAUGGUAUCGCGCAAAAGCUCUCGGAUCUGAUUCUGGCUGAUUACCAUAGAAAUAUGGACCGUAGAGAAUGA